CAGAUAUGAACAUUCACUGAUUGACAACACACACUUUCCACAACGGCUACAUUUUCCCACACACAAAAAAAGUCACACCUCAUCUCUAAAAAACACAACAACAAAAAAUCCACACUCCCUUUUCAUCCCUUUUUUUCAGCAAAACCGUUACACUUUUCUCUCUUCUCCUCCACCGUUUCAUCAUGACGGUCGCAGCCACAGCCACCGCACGCACCAAGAGGAUCUUCAAGCUUACUCUAGCUCUUCUCGGCCUCGGCUUCAACUCAUCCAAAUGCAAAACCGCGGCGAAGAUGGCCGUCGCGAGGAUUAAGCUUCUGAGGAAUAAGAGGGAAGUUGUGGUGAGACAGAUGAGACGCGACAUUGCGCUUCUUCUUCAAUCUGGUCAAGAUGCCACUGCUCGUAUCAGGGUAGAGCAUGUCAUGAGAGAGCAAAAUGUUUUGGCUGCAAAUGAGUUCAUUGAGCUGUUCUGUGAAUUAAUUGUGUCCAGACUCUCAAUCAUUGCCAAACAAAGGGAAUGUCCAGCGGAUUUGAAAGAAGGAAUUGCUAGCUUAAUAUUUGCCUCCCCUCGGUGCUCAGAAAUUCCAGAACUUGUAUCUCUAAAGAAUAUUUUUGAGAAGAAAUACGGGAAAGAUUUUGUAUCUGCUGCUAUUGAGCUUAGACCUAGCUGUGGUGUAAAUCGUCAGUUGAUUGACAAGCUCUCAGUACGCACACCUCCUGGUGAAGUUAAGUUGAAAGUAUUGAAGGAAAUUGCUAAGGAAUAUCAAAUUGAUUGGGAUACUGCAGAAUCUGAGAAAGAGCUUCUUAAGCCUCCUGAAGAGCGAAUAGAAGGGCAACGCACUUUUGUUAGUGCCAGCACCUUACCAGUGAAGACUUCAACAGAUGCAUCCACCGAAUCAAAUAAGCCAGCUACAAGAUUAUCAGGCGGUGGAAAAAGUGAUGCUAUGCAUUUUGAAGAUUCUAAGUCUGCCGCAGAAGCAGCAGCUGAAUUAGCUAAUAAAGCAGUUGCGGCUGCUGAAGUUGCUGCUUAUAUGGCUAUGAAGAAUAAUAACCAAGCCCCUCAACCAUAUUACAAUGAUAAGUUCUAUAAUGACCCUGCAAAAUAUACUCAGAACAUGACUUAUAAAUCAGCAACUGAGGAGAAAAUGCACAGGUCACAUAGCUUACCAAGGUCUGAUCACAUAAACAACGAGGAUACACUGCCUACCCAGUUGCAUGGUGGAAAGGAUUAUAGAAGACACAGCUACCAUCCAGCUUCCGCACAUUCCGAUAUUAAGUUUGAUGAAUCAGAUUACGACGAGGAAAUUGAAGCCGAAGAACCUCCUGUCACAUUUCCACCUAAACGGCUUCCACCACCUGUACCUUCAUCUGUAGCUAAACAGGAUUCCAGCAUUCGUGUUCAUCCUAAAUUGCCAGAUUAUGAUGACCUCACUGCUCGAUUUGAUGCGCUAAAGUUCAAAAAGUCUCAGUUCUGAAACCCCCCUUAAGAAACUACUUAGCAAUAUAUUCCUAGUAAUUCUUUCAUUUUAUUAUAUACUUAUAUAAGAAUGUUAUAUUUUGUCAUACAGAGGGAUUCUGAGAAUGUCACAACAUGGGAUGCUAUAAUUUUUUGGGUUACAAUAUGUCAGUUUGGUAUGGUUCUGCCACCGCAUAUUAUAUUUGGUUCGAAUAUAUUGUAUUAUUUGUCAAUUUAUUUAUUUUUUGAGAGGAUUGAGGGCCUAAGCUCAAAAAGAAAAGAAA